AUGCCGCUGCGGCUCCCCCGAACACCAUGUGAAGUCUCUAGAGUAUCCUCGAGAUAUUCGAACGUCUUUGUAGCUUCUCGAUCAUUCUGGUCACGGACGACGCCCGCUGCUGCGCCUGUACCAACAGGCCCACAAAUCUAUGAUGUCGUGUGUGUUGGUGGCGGUCCAGCAGGACUGAGCUUGCUCAGCGCCCUUCGUGCUUCUCCCAAGACCGCGAACCUCAAAAUUGCCCUAGUCGAGGGACAAGAUCUCAACAAGCCACAGGUGCAAGCCGAGUCAACAACCUUCUCCAACAGAUGUAGCUCCCUGACUCCCGGCUCAGUCAAGUUUUUGAAUAGUAUUGGAGCAUGGGAGCAUAUCACUGCGUCUCGCGUGCAGCCAUAUCAGGCCAUGCAGGUGUGGGAUGGUGUGUCUGGAAGCAGCAUCAGUUUCGAUCCUUCGUCGUCCUCAAACGUCUCGGAUACAGUGGCCACCAUGACAGAGAACACCAAUCUCACAUCCGCCCUUCUGUCCCGUCUGAACUCAUUACCUUCAAUCGACAUAAUGGACAAAACGCGCGUUGAGGGAAUUGAGCUUGGGAAAGAAACAGAGAAUAUGGACUUGUCAAACUGGCCGGUCGUGUCUCUGAACAACUCGCGCAAAUUAGCAGCACGUCUCCUUAUCGGCGCAGACGGAGCAAACAGUCCCGUACGCACAUUUGCUGGAAUUCCCUCGCGCGGCUGGGACUACAAUCGCCAUGGCGUUGUAGCCACUGUGCAAAUUGAUGGUGCCAACUGGGGUCAGACUGACCACAGAACCGCAUAUCAACGCUUCCUCCCUACUGGCCCUGUCGCGCUACUGCCUUUACCUGGCAACGUGGCUACCUUGGUAUGGUCGACGACACCCGAGAAGGCUGCUCUCUUGAAGUCGCUCAGCAACACGGACUUCACUGCAAUGGUCAAUGCUGCUUUCAGACUCUUGCCUGUAGACCUUGAUUACAUGCACACCAUGAAGUCUGGCCAAGCUGACGAGUUCUCAUGGCGUGAAGCCAACACCGCCUUCAACUCUGAGCGUAUUCCACAAAAGAUCUCAGCCGUUCAAGAAGGCAGCGUCGCUUCGUUCCCUCUACGCAUGCGUCAUGCAGACACUUAUACUGGCCAUCGCGUUGCUCUUCUUGGAGACGCUGCACACACUAUCCACCCUCUUGCUGGCCAGGGUCUGAAUCAAGGGCUUGGUGAUGCUCAGUCGCUUGCCAAGCACAUCAAUUUCUCCCUCUCUGUGGGUAAGGAUAUUGGCAGCAACUGGGCUCUAGAUGCAUACAAUGCCGAACAGUGGGCAAAGAACAAUGCCAUGCUGGGUGCUGUAGACAAGCUGCACAAGCUCUACAGUGCUGGCAGUGGUCCUGUUGUCUGGGCACGAAGUCUUGGACUUGACGCAGUCGACAAGAUGGGUUUCCUCAAAAAGUUCUUUAUGCGCCAGGCAGCGGGAGUGUAA